CUGUGUGCAGAACUCACUGUUGACACCACAAACUGAGGUGCGUCGUGGGUUCCAUAAGGAUAAACAGAGCUGUCCCUUCCCAGAGUUCACAGAAGCCACUUGACGUGAAGGGCACCAACAUGACCAGCCAGUCCCAGGGGAUCCACCAGCUUCUUCAGGCAGAAAAAAGAGCCAAGGACAAGCUAGAGGAGGCCAAGAAGAGAAAAGCAAAGCGAAUAAAGCAAGCUAAGGAGGAGGCGAUGGUGGAGAUCGACCAGCACAGGAUGCAGAAGGACAAGGAGUUUCGAAUGAAACAAGCUAAGGUGAUGGGCUCUCAGAGCAGCAUCUCAGAAGGAAUUGAAGAGCAGGCUCUAGAGAAGAUAAAAGACCUGAGGAGGAGCUACAACACGUGCGCGGAACGUGUGCUGACACAGGUUCUGAACAUGGUCUGCGAUGUGAAACCAGAAAUCCACACCAACUACAGAGCCACAGACUAAAGGUGUGACCU